UUAAAAAAAAAUUAACUCUGACUGACACAUGUAAUUCGCGUCCAAAUUUUGGCGCUACAAAAAAAUAACAAACACGUCUGCCAAACACUUUAAUUAAUCUUUUAAUCCAUGAAUAUACUCUUAAGUAUUAUAAUCAGCAUAUGGUUAGUAUAAUAUAGUAGCUAAGUCUACAGCGAUUUAAAGUUCUAAAUGGAGCAUCACGAAGAAAAUAGUGAUAGUAUCAGUCCUGAAUAUACGCCGAGAAGAUUAACGAGAAAUAGAACUAAACCUAAGAAGUAUGAUGAAUUCUUAGAUUUAACGCCAGUAAAAAGGAAAAAUUAUGUUGAGGUCGAAAGUUCUGAUGAAGACUUCCAAGAAGGCUCUACUCCAAAACCAAAAGCCCUAUUUGGUAAUGACGAUGUUGAUGGUCAAGACAUUUUCAAAUUUAAAUCUCGUCAUACUAAAAAUGAUCUUCAUAACAAAGUGAAGGCAGCAGUUAAUAACUCAAGCAGCUCACCAAUGAAGACUCCAAGAAAAAAUUUGCUGAAUCCAGUUAAUGAGGCAACACCGAAACAUGUGGUGAACAUAAUGAAGAAAAAAAUAAGUCAAACAGUAGAAAGUGACAGUUCAGAAAGUGACUUCUCAGGAAGCAGCAGCGACUUUGUGCCAGAUAGGAGCGAUGAAGAGUGUGUCUCUUCUGCUUCCGGUACAGAAUCGGAUACUGAAGUAGAAGAAGAGAAAAAAAUUAAGAAAUCAAAUGUUCAAGUGCCAAAAAAUAGAAACGACAAAAUGAAAGCCAAGGAUACAGAAUACUUUGUUACACCUGAUAACUAUUUUAUGAUGAAUUCGAGUAAAAAGAUAACCACAUCAGAUCACACAUUGGCCAGGUUGAAAAACAUGAAUAUAAACGAAAAUAUGAAAGAGGUCGCUAUACAUAUGUCUGAACAGCAUCAAGACAAAGUUGGUGAACUUGUAAAAACAUAUGACCAAUUAUUUGACAAAUGGUUAUAUAUUUUAAGUGAAAACUUUAAUAUUAUAUUAUAUGGGGUAGGAUCGAAAAGAACGAUACUACAACGAUUUCAAACGGAGAAGCUUCAAGAUAUGCCUUGUAUAGUUGUUAACGGAUUCUUCCCCAGUCUCACUAUUAAGAACAUCCUAGAAACGAUUGUUAUUGAUUUAUUGGAAAAUACGCAUGUUCCGUCAAACGUUGGGGACGUUGUAAGCUUAAUAGAAUCUCAGUUAUCUGAAAGUUGCACAGAUUUAUUUCUAAUAAUUCACAAUAUUGAUGGUAGUAUGUUACGAAACUUUAAAUCGCAGUCUGUUUUGGCGAGUUUGGCUCAUUUGAAAUAUGUUCAUUUAAUCGCUACAAUCGACCACAUCAAUGCGCCCUUGUUGUGGGAUCAUUCAAAACUCAGUAAAUUUAAUUUCACUUGGUGGGACGUCACGACAUUUUUACCGUAUGUAGAGGAGACUUCAUAUGAAAACUCAUUGAUGACCCAAAGAAGUGGAGCACUGCAAAUAUCUUCGUUGAAGAGCGUUUAUCAAUCACUUACAUCUAAUGCUAAGGGAAUAUUUCAAAUUAUUGUCAAAUAUCAGCUUGAAAAUCAUAAACAGGCCCAUUAUCAAGGUCUCCCUUUCAAGGAGUUGUAUUCAAAAGCCCGCGAACAGUUUCUAGUUAGCUCAGAUCUUGCUCUGAGAGCUCAACUUACCGAGUUCUUAGACCACAAGUUAAUAAAAAACAAACGAACUUGCGAAGGCAGUGAAAACCUAGUAGUUCCCAUCGAAAGUGUUUUAUUACAACAGUUUUUGGAUCAGCAAACUGUAAUGCAGUGACAAAGUUUUGUGUUUACAAUUUUUAAUUUAUAAUAGCAAUAAGAGGGAACGAAAAACGAAUUAAAAUAUACGUUUUUUAGUCCACUUUGUAAUUCU